UGGGAUGGACCAAUCGGAAUUGGCGUUCCGUCUGUCGUCCGACGUGGCAUCGUCCGCAGUGCUGCUAACAUCGACAAGUCGUGGAUCAACAUCAACGCCGUCGAUCUCGUCCAACGCGCCACGGGCUGCCAGGUGGCAGCAAUCAACGACGCAGAUGCAGCAGGGUUUGCCGAAAUGAGGUUCGGCGCCGGCCGGCCCUUGCAGCGGGAAGGCACGGUCCUGAUGACCACGUUCGGCACGGGAAUAGGCACGGCACUGUUCGUGGGCGGCCAUCUGGUGCCGAACCUAGAGAUGGGGCACAUAGAAGUGAACGGGGAAAUUGCCGAGAAGGUGGCAUCAGGAGCAGUGAAGGAGAAGUUGGAGAUGAGCUGGAAGAAGUGGGCUGGGCGGGUGAACGAGUACCUGGCUCGCAUGGAGCAUUACCUUCAGCCGGAUCUAAUUGUGAUUGGUGGAGGCAUCAGCAAGAAAGAUGAGAAGUUCCUACAUCUGCUGUCAGUGCCUGGAGGAACGCCCAUAGUGGCGGCGGAGAUGCGCAACGAGGCGGGCAUUGUGGGGGCGGCUGUGGGCGGGUCCAUUCUGCUCGGGGAGCAACGCGCUGCCAGGGAAGCCGCCCGGAUCAUACCCACCCUGCUCAGCUGA